AGCAGCGGCGGCGGCUGCGGCGGCGUUGGGGCGGCGUUGGGGCGGCGUUGGCCGCGCCGCGCCAUGGCCCAGCAGCAGAUGAGCAGCUCGCAGAAGGCGCUGAUGCUGGAGCUGAAGUCGCUGCAGGAGGAGCCGGUGGAGGGCUUCCGCAUCACCCUGGUCGACGAGUCCGACCUCUACAACUGGGAGGUGGCGAUCUUCGGGCCCCCCAAUACCCUCUACGAGGGCGGGUACUUCAAGGCUCACAUUAAAUUUCCUAUCGACUAUCCAUAUUCACCACCUACCUUCAGAUUCCUGACAAAAAUGUGGCACCCCAACAUUUAUGAGAAUGGAGAUGUAUGUAUUUCAAUUCUUCAUCCACCUGUAGAUGACCCACAAAGUGGAGAGCUGCCAUCUGAGAGGUGGAACCCUACCCAAAAUGUCAGGACUAUCUUACUGAGUGUAAUCUCUCUGCUUAACGAGCCAAACACAUUCUCUCCUGCUAACGUGGAUGCAUCAGUCAUGUUCAGGAAAUGGAGAGACAGUAAAGGAAAAGAUAAGGAGUAUGCUGAAAUCAUAAGGAAACAGGUUUUGGCCACCAAAGCUGAGGCAGAGAAGGACGGCGUGAAGGUCCCCACCACGCUGGCAGAGUACUGCAUCAAAACUAAAGUGCCUUCCAAUGACAACAGUUCAGAUUUGCUUUAUGACGACUUGUAUGACGACGACAUUGAUGAUGAGGACGAGGAGGAGGAGGAUGCCGACUGUUACGAUGAUGAUGAUUCUGGCAACGAGGAGUCGUGACCUGCUCCUGCGGGGCCCCUGUACUGCGCUGCCGACUCAGGCCAGAAGGGAGCAGCAGUCACCCAGCAGCAGUCCAGCAAAAAAGUGUGGGGGGGGGAUCAAAAAAACUUUUUGUCUCCUGCUGUCUCCUGUUGUACGGAUCUGUUUGCUCCUUUUUUAUGGACCUCUUAGAGACCCUCUACAGAAUGUCUGAAUUCUUGCAUUCUUAACCCUUUCAUCACUGUAUUAUGAUUUCUUUUUGAAAAAGGAACUCCCCUUUUCACUUCUUUACGAAACGCUCACAGCGAAACAGGUUUGCUCGCGUUUAGAUUCUUGAAUUGCAGUCUUGCAUUGAGAUGUUUAAUGUAUUUAAAGCUGGAACAAACCCAUUGGAAGCCGAGUUUUCGAGAUCUCAAGUGCUGCAUUUGCUGGGAAGAAAAAAAAAAAUCCACACGAAGCAAAUUGCCAAGGUCUAGCUGCUCCAUUUACAAUAAUAGCGUGUGUACAUUCGUUUAGCCUUGUGGUGGUGGCUUUUCCUUUAUAAGGUGUGGGGCGGAGAGUCUAAAGCUACUGUGUGUUGAGCUUGAUGGGAUGUUACUGAAAGGUACAGUAUUCCUUUUCAGCCUGCUCGAGUUAGGUAAUAGCUGGCCCCUGGAGCCCCAGAGGGCACGAUCAGCUUUGUCUCUGGAAAAGACUUGUGAUAUGAACCCUAUAAUAAACACUUAACACUUCACAUCUGUACAACUGAGCCCUGGGUUGCUAUUUAUUUUUUUUUUUUCCUUUUUUCAGACUAGGUUGAGGUUGAAAAAGUUCAGUUUAGCCAUGCUGCUGAGAUCUGCUGCCAGCUGCCCCUCUCAGGAGGGAGGAGAACAGACACACAGCCUGCUUCCCAGCAGGCCUGAAUUCACUCUGAAUUUUGGGGUUGUUUUUUUUUUUUUUUUGGUGGUGGUGGGAGAGACUGGUAGCCUCCUGCUUACUAGCAGCCCUUUCUUCCUGCAGCCUGAGUCCAGUGCUGGCUUGAGCCUUCUUUUCUGUUGUUGGUGUAGGUCUCGUGUUGGAAAAUGCAGCCCUGCUGUGGGGUUGGCAGGGGUCAGGAGCUCCCUGUGGUGCCUGCCUGGGGUGUCUGCUGUCCCCGUGGCUGCUGGGGGCAGAGAGGAUGCUCCUGUGCUGUGCUCUCCCCUGCCUGGGGGGCUGGGGCAUGGGUGAGCAUGUGCAGCCCCCCAGGAGAGGGGCACACACAGAGUGCUUUCAGGCUGUAAGAGGAGCCAGGGGCAGGGAUUGACAGGCUGUUUACCAGUAUGCUUCAGCCAGUGCGCUGGGCUUGGCCUCCUGCAUGAUUUUUGGGAGCUCUUGGCAGAGCUUAGGGCCCUCCCUUGUGGGCAGGGGGGAUCCUGCAUGCUGGUCUCUGCAGAACCCUCUUUCCUGAUCCCUGUUGCAGUGUCCUCCUCUCGUUCAGCUGUGGUGCAGUGGCCUGAAUUCACCUUUUUGCAUGAUCCUUGGCCAGCAGCCAGCCCUGCCCUGAGCCCUGGGCACCUCCAGGAGCAGGUUCUGAGGCCAGACUCUCCGUUCCCAUAUAGGUACAGAGGCAAUUCCCCUGCUCAGAGCUGUGGGCUCAGGCAUUGUUUUGCCUCCCCUUCGUGUAUAUCUCAGGGAUUUCAAUGGUACAUCACCAGCUGUGGUCCCUCGAGGGGUGCUUUGGUGGGUGCAGCUGGGUGGCUGUGUCCUGAGGAGCAGGAUGAGCCUCAGCAAGGCCCCAGUGUGCUGCCUGGAGGGAGGGAGGGAGGGAGAGGAAGGGAGAGCAGAGGAAGGCUCUGAAGGAGGCAGAUGUGUUUCCCAGCUGUUGCUUGGGCUGGGUUGGGUUGCAGCAGGGACAGCCCCUGCUCCUCUGCCCCUGCAGGGGGGUGCACACCCUGGUGAAGGCAGCCCAAGGGGUGACAUCCCCAGAGCCCCCACCAGGGUCUGUCCUCCCUGCCUGUGUGUGACUUGGGGAGGGAGAAAGGGAGAGAGGGAGGCAGCCCCACUCCUGAGGUGUCCCAGGUUUGCUGCUCCACCCCAUCCUUCCUGCAGGGACAGACUCAGCCUCUGGGGGGGGUUUGGAGCCGGCAGUGUGGGCUCCCUGGCACCCCCUGCUUCUCCCCAGCCCUCUGAGGGCAGUGCCAGUCCCUGGGACACAAAGGGACAGGGACAGCAACACCUCCAGCUUCCCAGGGACUGCUGUGGGGUGGAGGAGCAGUGUGUGGCAACGCUGGCUGUGCUGAUGACUUGGUCUGAAACGAGCAUACUGCAUCUUUCAGGAUUCCCCUUGUACUUUUGACCGUCUUCACUGUAUACUCUCCAGUGACUUGUAUUUCCAAGCUUGGUGUUGUAAGAUGCAUUAUCAUGACUCUUCUGUUAACCUGUUUUUUUAAGACAAAAAAGCAACCUAUUUUGAGAGCUCCUACAUUAACCAGAAUAAUUUCUCUUCCUCACUGUCCUGUGCAGUGUUACUGCUUGUUGACUUGCUGGUUUCUUUGGUUUCUUUUUUUUUUUUUUUUUGAGAUACAAACUGAAGCAUGAGGGGUUGCUGGUUUUUAUUUUAUUUUAUUUUAAUUUUAAUUUUGGGGUUGUUUUUUUAAAAACCUAUUUAAGAAAUUGCAGGAAAAUGUUUACCUGGUCUGUGUAUUCUGGGGUUUUUUCUUAGCUCUUUUCUCCUGUCUCAGCCAAUACUAGCGUUUAUAUUUGCAAAUAUAAGCCCCUUCAAAUGCAGUUUUCAACCAUUCUGAAACCAGCAGGGUACACUAGAUUUCUUAGUUAUUUUCUUAGCUGAAAUCCCAAAUAUUUUCCUUUUUUUUUUUUUCUUCAGUAUAAUUUACCAGAAAGAAUUAACUGAUGCAUUUUUGUGUUGUCUUUCCCUUCAGUAGUUAUAUUUUGUCUUUUCUGCACAUCUGUCUACUAAUAAAAAUGUGAAAUGAAAA